AUAUACGACUAGACUGAAGCGAACUUGAAGUAAACACAGUGUCCUGACAACCACUCGGGAGCUUUCCGGAAUCGGGGCAAGCCCUGCCCCUGCAUCGGAGGCUCUACGGAGGACCGAUGCCAUCGGCAACAACGCAAUUUUCUGCAGCUACAGUAGUAGUAGCUUUAUUGACGGCGAGGAAGUGCAGAUCGAGUCAGCAUUCAUUCAUAUUAAUUGCUUGCCUGCUUGUCUCCGAACUGAAGUCUUUCUUCUUAUAAAUGAGUAUCCAGAUUCCAGGUGCUAACGCCAUUUUGCGCCCCUCACCUGCGCUCACGCCAACACUCUCCCACCAACCCCUCCAGUCCAGAGAAGAAUCAAAAUUUCCCUCACACCGCUCUCCUUCUCUCCUCAACAUCUCCUCCUUCCCCUCAUAUCCUCCCCAGAAUCACUCCAGAGGGAUUUUCCACUGCUACACUUCAUUGCUUCUACUCGUUGCAAUAGAAUCACAUAUCUACCCCUCUUCCGAAUACCGGAACGAACCGACUUCAAAGCACGCUGUCGUUCGUGUUGGUUGAGUCUUACAUCAAUUUCUCCGUUCGACUCUUUGUUUCUUCACAACCGCCAACAUGGUUCAAUCAUCCGUUCUCGGUUUCCCCCGCAUGGGUGUUCUCCGUGACCUGAAGAAGGCAACUGAGGCAUACUGGGGCGGCAAGCUCUCCCAAGCUGACCUCCUCGCUGAGGCCAAGAGACUUCGUCUUGCACACUGGAAGAUCCAGAAGGAUGCCGGCGUCGAUAUCGUUCCCAGCAAUGACUUUGCUCUCUACGAUCAAGUUCUCCACCAGAUUCAGGACUUUGGUGCCGUCCCACCCAGAUAUACCAAAUACCAGCUCGACCCUAUCGAUGAAUACUUCGCUAUGGGCCGUGGUCUCCAGCGUGAGGGUGUUGAUGUUCCCAGUUUGGAGAUGGUGAAGUGGUUCGACUCGAACUACCACUAUGUCAAGCCAACCCUACAAGACAACCAGGAGUUCAAGCUCACUGCCAACCCAAAGGCAGUUGUUGAGUUCCUUGAGGCCAAGGAGGCUGGUAUCACCACCCGCCCAGUCCUUGUCGGCCCUGUCUCUUUCCUCCAACUCGGAAAGGCCGACCGUGACCAAACAGUCGACCCCAUCGACCUCCUCGAGAAGCUUCUCCCAGUUUACGAGGAGCUCCUCACCAAGUUGAAGGCUGCCGGUGCUGAGACUGUCCAGAUCGAUGAGCCAACUCUCGUUCAGGAUCUCCCAGCCAAGACCAAGGCUGCUUUCAAGCCAACCUACGAGAAGCUCGCUGCUCUCGGUGACAAGAUCCCCAAACUUGUCUUCGCCACCUACUUCGGUGAUAUCGUCCACAACAUCGAGGCCGUCCCCAAGGACAUCUACGCUGUUCACGUUGACUUGGUCCGAAACCCAGAGCAAUUGAGCACCGUCAUCUCUGCUCUUGGCCCAAAGACUGUCCUCUCCGCAGGUGUUGUCGAUGGCCGAAACAUCUGGAAGACCAACCUCAAGCGUGCUAUUGAGACCGUUGAGACCGCCAUCCAGAAGCUCGGAAAGGAGCGUGUCAUCGUUGCCACCUCCAGCUCCCUUCUCCACACCCCACACACUCUCGCCAGCGAGAAGAAGCUUGACCCAGAGGUCGCUGACUGGUUCUCCUUCGCUGUUGAGAAGGCCUCCGAGGUUGCCGUUAUCGCCAAGGCUGUCACUGAGGGCCCAGCUGCCGUCCGUGAGCAACUCGAGGCUAACGCCAAGUCUAUGCAAUCCCGUGCUUCUUCCACACGCACCAACGACCCCAAGGUCAAGGAGCGUCAAUCCAAGAUUACCCCAGAGAUGUACAACAGACUGUCCGAGUUCCCCACCCGUAUUGCUGCUCAGCAAAAGUCCCUUGACCUUCCUCUUUUCCCAACCACCACCAUCGGUUCCUUCCCCCAGACCAAGGAGAUCCGUAUCCAACGUAACAGGUUUACCAAGGGCGAGAUCACUGCUGAGGAGUACGAGAAGUUCAUCGAGAAGGAGAUCCAAGAUGUCGUCAAGAUCCAAGAGGAGCUUGACCUUGACGUCUACGUUCACGGUGAGCCUGAGCGUAACGACAUGGUGCAAUACUUCGGUGAGCGCCUUGAUGGCUAUGCCUUCACCACCCACGCCUGGGUUCAAUCUUACGGAUCCCGUUGCGUUCGUCCACCUAUCGUUGUCGGUGACAUCUCCCGCCCAGCACCAAUGACCGUCAAGGAGUCCAAGUAUGCUGUCUCCAUCUCCAAGAAGCCAAUGAAGGGCAUGUUGACUGGUCCAAUCACCUGUCUCCGAUGGUCUUUCCCUCGUGAUGAUGUUCACCAGUCCGUCCAGGCUGAGCAACUUGCUCUUGCUCUCCGUGAUGAGGUUGUUGACCUUGAGGCUGCUGGUAUCUUCGUCAUCCAAGUCGAUGAGCCUGCUCUCCGUGAGGGUCUUCCCCUCCGCGCCGGAAAGGAGCGUGAAGCCUACCUCGACUGGGCUGUCAAGUCUUUCCGUCUCUCCGUCUCUGGUGUCCAGGACUCCACCCAGAUCCACUCCCACUUCUGCUACUCCGAGUUCCAAGACUUCUUCCACGCCAUCGCCGCCCUCGAUGCCGAUGUUCUCUCCAUCGAGAACAGCAAGUCUGACGCCAAGCUCCUCAAGGUCUUCGUCGAUGAGGCUUACCCCCGCCACAUCGGUCCAGGUGUCUAUGACAUUCACUCUCCUCGUGUCCCAAGCGAACAGGAGAUCAAGGACCGGAUCGAGGAGAUGUUGCAAUACCUCAAGCCAGAGCAACUCUGGAUCGAUCCUGACUGUGGUCUGAAGACCCGCCAAUGGUCGGAGACAAAGGCCGCCUUGACCAACAUGGUCAACGCCGCCAAGUUCUACCGCCAGAAGUAUGCCAAGUAGAGCAUUCUUCUCUCCAACCCUUUUCUUUUCUUCUUGGUGUAGUUUGGGGCAUGAGCGAUGAUGAUAUUACGAAAUUUUGUAGUCUGAAAGUUUUUGAAGCCAAGCAGUGGAGACGAUCUCAACAUCGGCGUUUCUGGCAGGGCAUUAAAGACAAAAGCUACUUCGUGUUUUCGUUUUCUUUUUGAAAAAUCUAACUUGGAGGGCGAGCGUGCGCUUUUUUCAACAGCAUCGGGUAGUGAUGAUCCAUCAACCGGACAUCUACAAAUGGCGUACAAAUUUGCAAAGGAUAUUAUUGGAGCUCUGGAAAUGGUGGGGCUGUAGAUGGAUGGAUGGAUGGAUGUGUAUUCUCUCGUGUACGAGAGGAUGAUAGAUGAUUAGAAAAGUAGAAAAUAUACCCUCUUCAACCGGGAAUUUGGAUGUCUUCUUCCAACUUGAUACUUGAUUGAUUGAUUGAUUGAUUGAUUGAUUGAUUGAUUGAUUG